AUGCCUUCGAUUCUGGUGCUACACGGUCCUAACUUAAAUCUGCUCGGUUCUCGUGAACCCGAAGUGUAUGGCUAUGACACACUGGCAGAUGUGAAUCAGAAGAUCGUUGCGGCUGCGCCCGCUGGCGUAGACGUCAAAACUCUGCAGAGCAACGCCGAACAUGUGUUAAUUGAUGCCGUGCACGAGGCAAAGGCCCAGGGUGUGGAUUUCAUCAUUAUUAAUCCAGGCGCAUUUACACAUACCAGCAUCGCGCUGCGGGAUGCCUUUCUGGGCGUAACGAUACCGUUUAUAGAAGUGCACCUUUCUAACGUGCACGCGCGUGAAGAUUUUCGUCAACAAUCCUAUCUGAGUGAUAUCGCCGUUGGCGUGAUCACUGGCUUGGGUGCCGGCGGUUAUGUUUAUGCGUUGCAGGGGGCCCGGGUGGCAGUGGAUCUACGUAAAGUCAAAAAACUGAUUGAGUUAGUGGAAGAAUCUGCAAUUUCCGAACUGGAAGUCAGCAGUGGUGAUGAAUCUGUGCGCAUUGUCAUGCACCGGCUGCCGGCAGCUGGCACCGGGUCUGUUGCCCCCGCAGUGGUCACUGUGCAAGCGCCAAACGAUACGCCAGCGUCCGGCGCUGCGCUUGAAAACUUUGUCGCGCCAAUGGCCGGCACGUUCUAUCGGCAAUCGCAUCCGGAAGCGCCUGUGUUUGUUGAAACAGGUCAGCAGGUACACGCUGGCGAUGUCCUGUGCAUCAUUGAGAGUAUGAAAAUGAUGCACGAAAUCCGUGCUGCAAAGGAUGCCUGUAUCCAGCAGAUCUGCGUGGCAAACGGUGAGCCCAUCAGAGAAACGCCCCUCUGGUCCAGUGUGCGCGUGCUUGCCUUGCUGCCUGUAGACACCAACAUGGCCGAUUUACAGGUGCAGCUACAAAACCUGCCGCAAAUACCACCGGUGCUGGAUGUGCAGUUUAUAGCUGACCAGAACUGGCAGGCUCAGGUGAAUAACCAUGCGGUGGAUCAGGUUUUUGCGCAGCGUCUGUGGCUGUUGCCGAAGCAUCAGCAGGUUGAUGAGACGCUUGCGCAACGCUACACCCUGUUACGCCUGGAGCCGGGCCUGGCGUUCGGUUCCGGCAGUCACCCGACGACCCGGCUAUGUCUGCAGUGGCUGGCUGAAAAUAUUCAGGCCGGGCAGAAAGUCCUGGAUUUUGGUUGCGGCUCUGGUGUGCUGGCAAUAGCGGCAGCGCUGCUGGGUGCUGAGGUGGUCGCGGUAGACCACGACCCCCAGGCAAUUCUGGCGACACAGGAAAACGCGGAUUACAAUGGCCUAGAUACUCGUCAGGUAGACGUUGUUUUGGCUGAACAGUGGCAAGCACACCUAUAUCCCCAACACUUUGAUGUGGUGGUCGCUAAUAUUCUCGCUAAACCCCUGCAGGACCUGGCUGCAGAGUUUGAAUCAGUUACCUUGCCCGGUGGUGCGAUUGUUCUGUCGGGGAUUCUGGAAGCUCAGGCCGCAGAGGUUGCCGGCAGCUAUGAACAGACAACCUAUGCUGAACCACGAAUUUCUCAGCUGCAGAUUGCGGGUGGUCGAGUGCGCUGUGGAGCGUGUCUGGUGGUGUUUGAUGGUACCGCUCAUUUAAGCCUUGACGGUGAAGACUUCGUUACCGGUGAUGAAUCUGAAGAUGUUGAUGCGCUGCUGGAUGAGCUGAAUGAAAUCUCUGCACGCGAACCUGCUCAGGCACCUUCGAUGCCGAGUCUGUCAGAAGCAGAUUUCAUUCCAGUCUCUGCAGCGCAGAUGGCCAGAGGGCAUCCUGAAGACGCACAGGAUUCAGCGGAUGAUGAAGCCAGCCUGCCGCCGGAAUUGCUGGCAUUGGAAGCCCAGUUUCUGGCCGACAUGCAAAGCUCCGAGGAUGCGCCGCGCAGCCAGGCAGAUAAUCUGCAUGAAAACCCAGAUGAAAAACCAGAUGAAGAUCUGGACGCCCCGGUAGCAGAAGCCUUUGGUAUUUCUGUGGGCGAAGCGCAGCAGUUGCCGGCCACGGUGGACGAGUCUGCGACAGAAGGAUCUGGGGUAGAUACAGAUUCUGACUGGGACGAAUCUGUUGCGGAAGACAUCUGGCAAACAGAUGACACUCAAGCGGAUGCCGCUGCAGCCGAUAAACAGACGCCUGAGCCUGAGGUCGAUCAGGAGAUUGAACUUCAGGCGUUGCCUGGGUCCGCACCUGAAAUGACUCAGAGUGAGCAGGUGUCAGGUCAUCUGCCUGACUUUUCCGAUGUGGAACUGGAACUCGAGCCCGAUACGCCGGACAGACGUACCUGGAUUACCCUGAUCCUGGUGCUGUUGGGUUUGGUGGCGCUACCCGCUCAGGUGCUUUGGUUUCAGUACGAUGCCUGGAGCAUGAAUCCGCAAUAUCGACCGAUUUACGAAACCGUUUGCCGGGUGGCGGGGUGUGAAUUGCCGCCGCUGCGCAACGUCUCCUUAAUUGACGCGCAAAAAUCAGUCAUUCGCGUGCAUCCGGAGCAACCGGAUGCCCGUAUUGUUGAUGUGUUGAUGGUUAACAACGCCGAGUUUGCGCAGCCGUAUCCGUUGAUCGAAUUACUGGCCACAAAUAUGCGUGGGCAGCUGAUUGCCGGGCGGCGCUUCAAACCGGAAGAAUAUCUGGCCGGCGAGGCAGGCGAUGGCUCGUUGAUGCCAUCGCGUACGCCCAUCCACGUGUCCCUGGAGAUCCAGGACCCGGGAGAAGAUGCACUGAACUUCGAAGUUAAAUUUCGUUAG